UUCUGAAUAGUUGAGAACCGUGCGCAGACAAGCAGGAAAAGAUUUAUUUGUUCGAGGCGACGCCUUGCAUCAUUCUGUUAAAUUUUAGAAUAUAAGCAUUGUCCACAAAUCGUGCUGGCGUUGUUUUGUAUACUGAAGUUGACGCAAGAAACGCUUUUACUCGCGUGCCUUUGGUCGCGCUGUGCGUCACAGCAAAGAUAAAACGUUACAGAUUUAGAUUUCCCGAGAGUACUCCGAGAUUUAGGCAGCCGUUUAUCACGCCGAUAACCGAAUCCGAUUUUGCGGAGCACAAGAUAGUGAGGCGGAUUAGCGUCAACAAAUGCGCAGAAAAGUUUGCGACGAAUUAUGUGACAUCGAGGUGAUAAGGUACAAUAGCCCCGGGCAGGAAUGUUAACGGUUAAAAUACGAUGUUUUCAGUGGUGGUUUCAUUUUUGUUUUGCUUUACAGCUGUGUGAAUGUUUAGGUUUGUAAUAAGCAAGAAAUUUAAAACAAUAUUCACUAAACUAACCAAUUGUAAAUCUGUAGUUACAGGCGUUUUGUAUAUUAAUAUUUAUUACAACCGGUUAAACAUGUCUCCCGCAAGAACAACUUUUAACAACGUAUGCGCAAGAGGAAACAAGUGUUUAUUUCAAAUGUUAACGAUUGUCGCUGGAUGGAAAGGCGUCUUACUUGUAUUAGGGUUACAGAUAGCCACCACAAACGCAGUGACUUUCUGUGAUCCAAAUGAUGCAAGCACGUGUAGGUUUGGGGGAAGCUGUACGGCAGUAAGCUCGAUUCCUCAGAUGCUCUCUCAUGGCUAUCUACCGAGCCAGUACGUCUGUCUCUGCCCAAAAUUGACGUGUAGUCUGAUGCGACCCGAUCCAAUCUGCGCUUCCGACGGACGAACCUACGUCAACGAUCUUUGCCGCGAACUACAAGAAUGCGAGAUCCAAGCACCACUGGCGAGGAACUGCAACGGGUUUUGUGGACGUCAAUGCAAUCCAAUUGCAGACAACGCCUACGACGAUAGAUGUCCGGCACCGUACAACAAUUACUGCUCACAAAACGGGCUUUGUAGAAGCAGGAGAGGUGUCAGCAGUGGACCAUUACAAGUUUAUUGCCUAUGUUUUACGGGUUACGCAGGCUUUCGAUGCAAAGAGAAGACGCCGCGAGCAGUGAACGAGACACGUCCAUGUCAACCGUCGCAAGAAGAGACAUUGAAUUACAAGUUAGCCUUCUUGUGUUGCCUCGGCUUUCUGGUUCUUGUUUUACUGCUUCAGAUUAUCUGUUGCGUCUGUGACUUCAGGUUACCUAUAAGGAAACAAGAUUGUGGAAAGAAGCUAAACUUCUGCGAACAAUACGCGACUUCGAGGACAGAUUGUUCACGUGACGUCGAAUCGAACUCACAAGAUCGAACAAAGAAAUAACAUCUUUGUCUUCAGCCUAGCCACUGUGGUUAACCAACAGUCUGUGCCAACUGCAGCUUGCUGAUAUUUAUUGCAAGAAAUCGGAUAUAGAUGCCGAAAUAUCAAAGCUGCCUUAUGUACUCUCGUGUUAGGUUGUUGACGUGAUUUUCAACUUUUUUUUAAUUUCUUUGGAUUAUUUAUUAUUCUUACUUAUUUGCCCUACAGUUUCCUUAUGUGCCAUGUUGUUGCCGUACUUAUUUCAUUUGGUUUAUGCGCUGCUUUAUAUGUUUUAUCUCUAUAUUCCACCUUCUUACUGACAAACUUGUGUCGUCGAAUUGCGCUGUGUUCUUAAUAACUUAUGGUUUGAAAUAUACCACAACGCGCAAAAAAAUGAAG